AUGUUCAAUGGCUCUGCUCCCCCCAACGGAGGAGGCGCCGAGGCCAACACGCUAGCCGCUAAUCAGGGCAUCAUCAAAUCGAUUUUGGACGCACUUUCAAGGGACGAUUCCAAACCAGUCGUCAGCCUCGAUCAGCAUGCACUCCUCCUCGAGACGCUCCUCUCCGACGCCUUGCCUAACACGCCAAUUCUCCACCCCGCGCAGCGUCAGAAGCUCUUCAAUGCCAUUGCAGACAAAGUAGGGCCCGAUGCUACCGCAGACGCUGUUCGUCAGGCACUUCCUAAGCUCAAGAUCAAGCCCGAAAAGAAUGUCGCCGACCUCCUGAUCGAGCUUGGUGUCCGCGGUCUUCCCACCGUCGACACCGCUCGUGCCGUCUUUCAGCGUUUUGGCUUGACCGAGGCAAACCCACCCGACGAGCGCAUGGUCUCCGAGAUCCUCGCCAUCCUCCUUUCCGUCGAUCCUGCCAUCUUUGAAAGCGACCGCGUCACCAACUUUGCCAACCUCGUCCAUGCCUUGGCCGCCAUCCAGCAGCAACUAUCCUGGCCCCGUAUCAUUCGCGCUCUCGAUGAACUCGAUGGGUUCAACCCCUCCUUUCACGGCCACAUGGCUGGUAUGGCCGACCUCCUCCUUCACGCUCCUGUUCAAGGUCAGAUCUCGGCCGUUUCCGGCUUGUGGGGCCCGUGGCAUCACCGGCUGCGACAGCUUCAGAUCCUCCACGGUCUCCUCGCUCUUGGCUCGGACACUUUCAGCUUUGCAACGCUGCCCGGCCGAUGCAUUUUGGCUCCGGAGCAGCUCACCGAUGCCCCCAACAGCAUCCAGAACGCCGCUCAACCUCUCCUGAACAGCACGUACAAUUCGCUCGAUCUCGUCGAGACGCUUAUCGAGAUAUCUGCCUCCGAUGACCAAAAUGUCAGAUCGGCUGUUCAGGAGGUGCUCGAGCAGGCCAUCAAGGCUUGUCCCGAGCUCAUCUUACUCGGCUUGGUGCAGAUCCCCCAGCCCUGGAACGCCAUCCACGCCGAACUCGCUUCUCAGCUGCUCACCAUGUUCAUGACGCCCCACAACAGCAGCCUCCUCGUUUUCUACCGCAUCUUGCACACGCAGCGCGACUAUCUGCUCAACGCCUUCCGCAACUUCUACCUCGAGAACCAGCUCAACCUCACUCGCAUCGUCGACGUGGCUCAGAGCCUCGACAUGGUCGAUGACCUUGUCGAAGCUCGACCGUUUGCUUUCGCUCUCGACGUGGCCGCACUCGCAUCCCGACGCGAGGCCAUCGAUCUGGACGCCUGGCUUCAGGACAACAUCAACCGCCACGGCAGUGACUUUAUCCGUGCCGUCCUAGAGUUUCUGGACAUCAAAGCCAAGGAUGACCUCGCCAAGCCCGAUCCUCAGGCAGAGCAGAGCUUCGUUCCGCUCACCGUUCAAAACGUCGCCAGCUUCCUCAAGGCCCUGCGCUCCAACGGCGAGAGCAUGACUGCCGAAGAAAUCGAUUUUUUCAAAGGCGUCCGCAACGUUUGUCUUCAGCUCCAUCCUCGCCUCAUGAACCUGGCGCCAGGUGCAGAGGGCCAGGAACCUGGAUUGCAGGUCGUCACUUUUUCGCAAGACAUUCACGAAGAGGCCGAUUCGUGGUAUCGUCAGAUGUAUGAGGGCAAGAUCAGCAUCGAAGACAUUGUGCUCCUGCUCCAGCGCACUAGGGCCUCCGACAAUCCUCGCGAGCACCAAAUCUUUGCCUGCAUGGUGCAUACCCUCUUUGACGAGUAUCGUUGGUUCGAGAUGUACUACCCCGCCGCCGAGCUUGAGAUGACGGCCGUCGUCUUUGGUUCCCUCAUCCAGUAUCAGCUCAUCGACUACAUUCCGCUCGGCAUCGCCAUCCGCUAUGUUCUGGAUGCACUUCGCAACCCGCCCGACUCGAGCAUGUUCAAGUUUGGCCUUCAAGCCCUAUUGCGCUUUCAGAAUCGGUUGCCCGAAUGGCCUCAGCUCUGCCAGGCUCUCCUUUCCAUGCCGCAUCUCCAGCAGUCUUAUCCUCACAUCAUCCGUCUCGUCAAGAUGGCUCUGGCUGGUCAAUUGCCUGGUGCCGAUGUUGGCAUGCCCGGUGGCCAGUCGCUCGAGGACAAGAAGGCGCCCUUCCCCGCCAUCCGCGCUGAUCCGUUGCCUCAAGACGAAGAGCAGCGCGACCCUAGCGAAGAGAUCACUGACAAGGUGCUUUUUCUCGUCAACAACCUCUCGCCCACCAACCUCGAGUCCAAGCUUGGUGAUGCUCGACAACUUAUCACGGCCGACACCUACCGAUGGUUCUCCAACUACCUGGUCCUGCAAAGGAUCAGUAUCGAGCCCAACAACCACGGCCUUUACGCUCAAUUUCUCGACGGCCUCGAUGCCAAGGGACUCAUGACCUACAUCCUGCACGAAACACUCGCCAAGUGUCAGAUGCUGCUCAACAACGACAAGACAGUCCAGUCCACGCAAGAGCGCAACCUACUCAAAAACCUGGGCUCUUGGCUCGGCAGCCUUACUCUGGCACGCGACAAGCCUAUCCGUCACCGCAACAUCGCCUUCAAGGAGCUUCUCAUCCAAGGCUACGACAGCAAUCGACUCAUUGUGGCCAUUCCCUUUGUCUGCAAGAUCAUGGAGCAGUGUGUCAAGUCGAAUGUCUUCAAGCCUCCCAACCCGUGGCUGAUGGCCGUUCUUCGUCUGAUGGUGGAGCUCUACCAAUUUGCAGAACUCAAGCUCAACCUCAAGUUCGAGAUCGAGGUCCUCUUUAAGGGUCUCAACGUCGAACUCAAGGAUGUCCCCCCCACCACCAUUCUACGCAAUCGUCCAUCUGCCGAGUUGCAGCAGCAACAGCAACAGCAACAGCAACAGCAACAGCAACAACAACAGCACCAAUCUCGGGGUCAUCUCCAACAUCUCAGUCAGCAGCAGCAACAGCAGGCUGCAGCACAGAUGCAGCUGCAGCACCAGCGCCAGCAUCAGCAGCAACUCUCCCAGCAGCCAGCCACCGGCAUCGCCCAAGACCUCGAGCGUCUCUCGCUUGCUGGGGGGUACAGUGCUGCCGCUGGUGGCCGCAUGGGUCCUCAAUCGCAAAAGGCCAGCGCUGCUGCUGCUGCCGUGGCUGCAGCUGGUUCCGGUGCACAGCCCGGCCAAUCGGCUGCAGCCGCUGCCGCUUACACCGAGGCGCUUGUGUCGAUGCUUCAGAGUCUGCCGCAGUACGUGGUCAUCAAUCCGCAGCUUACCAUGUUCAGCAGCAACGCAGCACUCAAGCGACUCAUCUACAUCGCCAUUGACCGUGCCAUCCGCGAGAUCAUUGCGCCCGUCGUCGAGCGAUCCGUCACAAUCGCUUCCAUCUCGACGCGCGAGCUCGUCACCAAGGACUUUGCUAUGGAGGGCGACGAAGAAAAGAUGCGGAUCUCGGCACAUCAGAUGGCACAGAACCUCGCCGGCAGCCUUGCCCUCGUCACCUGUAAGGAGCCUUUGCGCAUCAGCAUGGUAGCGAACGCGCGCACCCUGCUCCUUUCCAACGGCUUCACCGAGCAAAACGUACCCGAACAGGCAUUGAUGGUCAUUAUGCAGGAGAACCUCGACCUUGCCUGUUCCGUGAUUGAAAAAGCAGCCAUGGACAAGGCGGUGCCGGAAGUGGAUGAGGGCCUCACCAACGCCUACUCCAGCCGCCGUGAGCACCGCACACGUGGUCGCGGCUACUACUGGGAUAGCGCCGCCUUGGCCGCUUCGCAGUAUGCCGCCACUCUGCCCGACAUGCUACGUCUGCGACCUGACGGCCUUGUCCCGGCCCAGCUGCGCGUUUAUGAUGGCUUCAUCCGCCGCAUGUCUCCUGGUGUCGAUGCCGACCGUAGUACUCCAACCUCGGUCCAUGCCUCGUCUGUCUCUGGGCCAUCCGAAUCCGGAUACCUGGAAGGUGCAGCAGCAGCAGCAGCCGCUGCUGGUGGUGCUGGAGGUGCCGGAGUUCUCAGUGCAGUAGCGCUUCAAGAGGCAGGCGCCCAGGCCAACCUCCCCACUAGUCUGCUCCCUGUUGCUCCUAGCGGUACGCUUAGCGCUCAACAGUCGCUCGAAAAGUUCUCGCAGGGUAUGACCGAGCUUGAGCGAUUGCUCGAAGCAGCAAAUCAGGAAUCAUCUCUCAGCGAGCUGCCGCAGGACCACGAGAUCCGACAUGCGCUUCGUCUGAUCCCAAUGGUUGCUGCCCAGUCUGCCAGUCGCGAUGAGACUGCGCUGGCCUUUUCACAAAAGGUGGUGCAGCUUUUGUUCAAGAUCGAGUCUAAGCUCGGGCGCGAAGUCUACGUUUUGCUGCUCGACCGACUGUGCGAAAUCUCUCUCAAGGCGGCUCGCGAGGUUACUGCUUGGCUCAUCUAUGCCGAAGACGAACGCAAGUUCAACGUGCCUGUCACCGUGUCACUGGUUCGCGCUGGAUUGGUCAACGUGGCUGAGCUUGAUGUUCAGCUCGCCAAGCUCAUCCUGCGCGACCUCGGUGCGAGUGUCAUGGAUUUUUCGGCUCAACUUGCGCUGGAAUGUCUUCAGGAGCCUGCCUGUGCUACUCGCCAGCAACUUGGCAGCACUAUCGAAGCGCUGCAGCGCGCUGAGCAACGAGGCAAGGCCACGGACGCGUCGAAACGCUUCCUGCACGCUCUCGAAAGCGGUCUGCUCAAGAGCAAGGUGGACGUCGGCAACACUGCGCUGCGCGAGCAGCUUGCGUACUGCUUUGCUGAAUGGGCGCGUCUCUUUCAGCAUUCUCCCAAUCCGGAAAAGUCGUUCAUCGACUAUGUCACACAACUGCAGACGCAGGGCAUACUCAAGGGCGAGGACAUUUCGUCGAUGUUUUUCCGCGUCUGCACCGAGGUCAGCGUGGACAGCUACAUCAAGCAGAAGGCGGUCGGCGGCUCGGCGGCUAUGGGCAUCUUCUCGCCGAUCGAUGCGUUUUCUCGUCUGAUCGUGCUGAUGAUCAAGUACCAUGCCGAUCCCACAGGCGUCAACAACGAGCAGGCCAAAGUGCACUACCUGACCAAGAUCCUGUCGAUUGUGGUGCUGGUGCUGGCCCAGUCGCACGAGGAGCUUGGAGUUCACUUUCAGCAAAAGCCCUUCUUCCGACUGUUUUCGAGCUUGCUGCACGACUUGCACGCAACCGAGUCGAGCCUGGGUGAUGCGUACACGCAGACGCUACUGGCGAUUAGCAACACGCUCAACACACUGCAGCCUUCGUUCUUCCCGAGCUUCACAUUCUCGUGGAUUUCGUUGGUGUCGCAUCGCUUGUUCAUGCCCAAGCUGCUCGAGACAAACCAGCGGGAAGGCUGGGGAGCUUUCCACCGACUGUUUGCGUCGCUGUUGCGCUUCAUGUCACCGCUGCUGCGCAACGCUGAGCUGCAAGACACUUCGCGUCAACUCUAUCGCGGAACGCUGCGUAUUCUGUUGAUUCUGCUGCACGACUUCCCCGAGUUCCUAUGCGACUACCAUCAGAGCUUGUGCGACCUGGUGCCUACGUCGUGCAUCCAGUUGCGCAACUUGAUCCUGAGCGCGUUCCCGCGCAACAUCCGCCUGCCGGAUCCUUUCAGCUCAAGCUUGCAGAUCACCCUGUUGCCCGAGAUGGCUCAAGGACCGCACAUUGCCUCGAACUAUGUCGCAGCACUCAACCAGGUCGAGGGACUGCGCGCGGCCAUUGACGCACACUUUGAUCAAGCACGAGGCAAAAACAUGUCGGAGCAGCUCAAGGCUCUCUUGCAGAACGCCACGCGUGGCACGAGCUCGACGAGCAGCAUAGGCUCGAGCAAAGACGAGGCGACCAGCGCCAGCUCCGCUGUGUCGUUGUCGGAAGGCGGUAUCAGCACGAGCCUGAUCAACUCGAUCGUGCUCUACGUAGGUGUGCGAUCCACCGAGGCGGGCCGGAGCAAUGGUAAUGAUGAGAGCGGCCAAGUUGUUCUUCGAUGGCUUGUGGUCGAGUCGGCACCUGAAGCACGAUUCCUUGUACUCACUGCGGCAGCCAACCAGCUGCGGUUCCCGUCGAGCCACACGGCCUACUUUUCUGCUGCCCUGUUGCAGCUUUUCGCCGAAAGCGAGGAUGAGCUUGUGCGCGAGCAAUUGGUACGUGUUCUUCUCGAACGACUCGUCAUCCACCGACCUCACCCGUGGGGAUUGGUGACGACGUUCAUCGAGCUGAUCAAGACGCAGCGCCACCGCAUUCCACGUGCGCCGGCAGAGAUUCAGGCUCUUCUGGACCAUAUCGCCGCUACGCUCGCAGCGUCGGCUCACGAAGACAACCAUGCGCAGCAGCAUCAGCAUGCGCAUAUCAAUGGACGCUCUGCCUUUUUGGCACAGCAGAUGAUGCAACAGCAGCAGCAACAGCAGCAACAGGCAUAA